AUGGCAGGGUCGCUCCCUCACCACUCGCUCCGGGAGUUGGCCAGGAGGCACGGCCCGAUCAUGCGCCUCCAACUAGGCGAGAUCCUGACCAUCGUCAUCUCGUCGGCAGACAUGGUCAAGGAAAUCCUUGGCAAGAAUGAGCUCGCCUUCGCCCAGAGGCCCGAGAUUGCGGCUGUCGAGGUCAUGUCCUAUGAGAACUCGAGCUUCGUGUACUCACCCUACGGCGAGUACUGGAAAGAGAUGCGCAAGAUUUGCAUGUUGGAGCUCCUGAGCAUGAAGAGGGUCCUCUCUUUUAGAUCUAUAAGAGAGGAAGAGUGUUGGAACAUGAUCAAAACAAUACAAUCAUCUCAAGGAAAGCCUGCGAACUUGAGCAAGAUUGUACUGAACUUGAUCAAUGACGUCACCUCGAGGGCAGCAUUUGGUGAGAAAUGUAAAUAUAGAGAUGAGUUCCUUUCUUUCCUCGAGGAAGUGACAUUGCUUGCUGGGGGAUUUGAGCUUCCAGAUCUCUUCCCUUCAAUUUGGUUCUUGCGUUAUCUCUCAAGAAUGAAACCGGCUUUGGAGAGACUGCACAAGAAGAUCGAUGUGAUCCUCGAUCACAUCGUUGCAGAACACGAAGAGAAAUUGAAGGGAAACCGUGGGAACAAUGAGGAAAAAAAUGCAAGAGAAGAUCUUGUGGACGUGCUCUUGAAUCUCCAGAAGAGUAGUGAAACAAACUACUUCAUCAAGCCACACGUCAUAAAAAAUAUCGUCAUGGAAUUAUUUUGUGCUGGUUCAGACACAUCCUCGACGACCACAGUGUGGGCCUUCUCGGAGAUGGUGAGGAACCCCCGAGUGAUGGAGAAGGCGCAGGCCGAGGUCCGAGCCGUCCUCAAGGGAAAGACCCAGGUCCGCGAGCAGGACAUCCAGGGCCUCGAGUACCUGAAGCUUGUCGUCAAGGAGACCCUGAGGAUGCACUCGCCGGGCCCGCUCAUGGCCCGAGAGUCGCGAGAGGCGUGCACGAUCAACGGCUACGAGAUCCCCAAGAAGACCAAGAUUGUGAUCAACACGUAUGCAGUGGGGAGAGACCCCGAGUUCUGGUCCGACCCCGAAUCGUUCGUGCCUGAGAGGUUCCUGAACUCAUCGGUUGAUUUCCGAGGGUCGAGCUUCGAGUACAUACCCUUCGGUGGCGGGAGGAGGAUCUGUCCCGGGAUCAACUUCGGGAUCGCAAACAUUGAGCUCCCCUUGGCUCAGCUCUUGUACCACUUCGACUGGUCUCUGGCCGAUGGGGUUAAGGCGCAAGACCUGGACAUGUCUGAGACUUUCGGGAUCACUUCCAGGAGGAAGACUCCCUUGAUCAUGGUUGCUGAGCCCUGCGUCCCCUUCUCGUACGAUGGAGAUCAUGAUAAGUAG